AGGGGGAGGGGGGAGAGGCCGGACACCAUGGCAACGGUUCAAGCUGUCAAUGACGAGCUGAGAGCCAAACUCAACAACAUCCAGGUGGAACUUCAGCAGGAGAAGAACAAGGUAAGCCGUCUGGAAAGAGACAAGAGCCAGGAACUAAGGAGCGAGCAUCACCGGGCCAGCGUAGCAAUGACGGAGCUGAAGACUAAACUGCAUGAGGAGAAGCAAAAAGAAUUAGCUGUUACCAGGGAGACGUUACUACGGCAACACGAGAUGGAGCUGAUGAGAGUUAUCAAAAUCAAGGAUGGAGAAAUUCAUCGGCUGAAUGGUUUAGUCCUGACGCUCAGGGACGGCUCUGUGGAUAAG